GCGGAGGGUCCGGCGGAUGGAGAAAAGUCGCAGUACGAGACUGAGGCAGCCCUGGGCCCUAUUCCCGGAGACCCCGCCUGCCCGCGGUCGAUCGGUUGCUAUGUGACGCCAGCGCGCAGAGGCGCGUGCGCGGCCACGGAGGUGUGCGUGAGAGUGGAAGCGCGCCGCGGCGGCGGCGAGGACGGCGGCGACGGCAGCGGCCGAGGGGGCGGUGGCUACGAGGCGGGUGCGGAGCAGGCGGAAGAGGCGUCUGUGCCGGCGGCUAGGUCGCAGAGGAACAUCGUUGGGUGUGAUACCCUGUCGUCACUGAAGUCACCACCAAAGAAAGCCUUCACCAGAUGUAUUCCCUGGGCUUUGGAUUUCCUAGCCUCUGAAACUGUCAGCGACUAUCAUCUGUUCCACAAGAUGAGUAACAGCCAUCCUCUUCGCCCCUUUACUGCAGUGGGGGAAAUUGAUCACGUGCACAUUUUGUCUGAACAUAUUGGUGCCUUGUUGAUUGGGGAAGAAUAUGGUGAUGUCACAUUUGUUGUGGAAAAGAAACGUUUUCCUGCCCACAGGGUAAUUUUAGCAGCCAGGUGCCAAUAUUUUCGAGCAUUACUGUAUGGUGGAAUGCGAGAGUCUCAGCCUGAAGCAGAAAUCCCUCUCCAAGACACCACUGCAGAAGCAUUCACAAUGCUACUCAAAUAUAUCUACACUGGGCGGGCGACGCUGACAGAUGAAAAGGAGGAGGUGCUGCUGGACUUUUUGAGCUUGGCUCAUAAAUAUGGAUUUCCAGAGCUGGAGGAUUCUACCUCUGAGUAUCUCUGCACCAUACUCAACAUUCAGAAUGUCUGUAUGACUUUUGAUGUUGCUAGUCUCUACUCACUUCCCAAGUUAACUUGUAUGUGCUGCAUGUUUAUGGACAGAAAUGCUCAGGAGGUGCUCUCAAGUGAAGGUUUCCUCUCUCUUUCUAAGACAGCACUUUUAAACAUCGUAUUAAGAGAUUCAUUUGCAGCUCCCGAAAAAGAUAUUUUCCUAGCCUUGUUAAACUGGUGUAAGCACAAUUCAAAGGAGAAUCAUGCUGAAAUCAUGCAGGCUGUGCGUUUACCUCUCAUGAGCCUCACUGAACUUCUGAAUGUUGUGAGGCCAUCGGGACUAUUGUCUCCUGAUGCCAUUCUGGAUGCUAUUAAAGUACGAUCAGAGAGCCGGGAUAUGGAUCUCAAUUAUAGAGGCAUGCUCAUACCUGAAGAAAACAUUGCAACUAUGAAGUAUGGAGCCCAGGUUGUAAAAGGGGAGCUGAAGUCUGCCUUAUUAGAUGGUGAUACUCAAAAUUAUGAUUUGGAUCAUGGAUUUUCUAGACACCCCAUUGAUGAUGACUGCCGUUCAGGCAUCGAGAUUAAGCUAGGUCAGCCGUCCAUUAUCAAUCACAUACGGAUACUCCUGUGGGACAGGGAUAGCCGAUCUUAUUCAUACUUCAUUGAAGUAUCAAUGGACGAACUUGAUUGGAUCAGAGUGAUAGAUCAUUCGCAAUAUCUGUGUCGUUCUUGGCAAAAGUUAUAUUUUCCAGCCCGUGUCUGCAGGUAUAUUCGAAUAGUUGGGACACACAACACAGUGAACAAGAUUUUUCACAUUGUGGCUUUUGAAUGUAUGUUUACGAACAAAACCUUCACUCUUGAGAAAGGGCUGAUAGUUCCCAUGGACAAUGUUGCUACAAUUGCUGAUUGUGCCAGUGUGAUUGAAGGAGUCAGUCGGAGCCGAAAUGCCUUGCUGAAUGGGGACACUAAGAAUUAUGAUUGGGAUUCUGGCUACACGUGUCACCAGCUAGGAAGUGGCGCAAUUGUUGUUCAACUGGCACAGCCAUACAUGAUUGGGUCAAUACGGUUAUUACUUUGGGAUUGUGAUGAUCGAAGCUAUAGCUACUACGUUGAGGUUUCUACCAACCAGCAACAGUGGACCAUGGUCGCUGAUAGAACUAAAGUCUCCUGCAAGUCCUGGCAAUCAGUAACUUUUGAAAGACAGCCUGCCUCCUUCAUCCGAAUCGUAGGAACACACAACACAGCAAAUGAGGUGUUCCACUGUGUCCACUUUGAGUGUCCGGAGCAGCAGAGCAGCCCAAAGGAGGAGAGCAGCGAGGAGUCGGGGCCAGGGGCCACCAGCCCGGCCAGCCAGCUCAGCCCACAUGCCCUGCGGGCUCUCAGCGGCCGCUCACUGCCCUCCAGCCCUGCCUCCACCUCACGCUCACCCAGCCGGCAGCACCAGUAAAGAGGGCAGCAGACGUGGUGUGACUCGGUGGGCCCCAACGACAGCAGGCAUGAUGUCCUCCCUGAACAGGAUCUUUGUUGACUGUCCCCCCACUGCCCCCAAUUUCCAGGGAGGAGCAGACCUGGCUGCAAAAGCGGACAUAGAACAGGUUUCUCCCAAUGACAGAAAGGGGCUGCUUUGUUCUCCUCCAUUUGUUCAAAUCAGACUGGUCACCAGGGGGAGAAAAUGGGUCUUCAAUCUUCAUCAAGUCCACCAUUAACACCCUACCUCUCUAAUUUAGCCCAACGAAGGGAACCAGGGAACAGAAGGAAGUAAUAGUCAGGCCCAUGUCGGAAUACAAAAAUGGCAUGUGAACACCGGGACGGAAGAGAACAUAUUAGGCCUUUAUUACCUGGAGGCUCCCGUUAGGAAAUGGGUUUCCAUAGUGUUUACUUUUAUGGAACACAUUGCCCUGGCAACUAAAUGAUUUUGUAUUUCUUUUAGUUAUUCUCCAUUUGCUGAAUCAUAGGUGUUCCAGAUCUUUUUGAAAUGUUCAAAGAUCAAAUCACUUGUUUUUAAUCCCUUCCGCCUCUGCAGUUUACCUUCCUUCAUUUUGCAUGGCUGAGUGUGGGGCAGAGCAGAGAACCAUUGUGUGCAGCUCCUAAAUGAGACACAGAUGCCACUCAUCAUGGCACCUGGCCUGACAAGAAACUCCUUUGAGGAAGUUCAACAAAACACAGAGCAAGCAAAUCAAUCCAUGGACCCUGGAGUUAAUAAUCACUAGAACUGCCAAGUUACUAACCCGUCAUUCCUGAGAUGCACCCAGCCUUUAGGCUUGGGAUGCUGACAAGGAAAUGGUUAUCAUACCAGCUGCUAACUUAACACUCAGGAGUAGAUGUGGGUGAGUUUCUCCCAAGUUCCGGCCUUGCCCACCUGCCUGGGACUUGCUGCGCUUUGCUGAGCCAGCAGAGGAGGGGCAGCGUUCGGGAUGGGGCCGGCAGCUGGGGAGUGGCUGCUUGGUGGCAGCUGAUUUCCCCCACCGCACAAAACUCAGCUGGGGAUUGAGAAACAGCAGAUCUGAGAAGCUUUUCUCUAAUCCUCAUUGAAAGGAUCUCAUUGGACUAUUGAGCUCAAUCUAGCUGUUUCUUACUUGUUGAUUUCCAUUCUGGUGCUGACUGCCCUUGGUAGCCUAUUCAGACUCUGCGUCUGCUCAUCUCCAGCGUUCUCGCAUCUGUUGCCCUCAGCUGCAGCCUGAGAGUCGCUUCCUGAAAGCGUGGCCAAGUGGUGCAGUCCUGUGACCUCGGCAUGGUCCUGUGACCCUGCUUGGAGGAGUGUUGAAGGCCUGGGGGUUCUUUCUAGUGUCGUAAUGACACAUUGGUUCAGGGUGUAGAAAGAGCCAACAGGGCAGCUGGUAACUAGCUGUUUUCUCCUAGUCUUAAUUUUGACCAAUUUCUGCACGUCGGAAUAGUAGGGUAGCAUUGGACUGCAUGGUGCUAUGGGAAGCUUGUCUUUGUUGAACACAGGCCUGCAGGACACGGAGGUCACCAGGCAGGGAGGAGAUGGCCCUGAGGGAGGGGCGCUGGCCAGCAUUCUCAUAGCCUCAGGGCUGCCCCUCCCCGUUGUGGGGGGCACCAGGCCCUUCAAAAUGUAAGAGGCUCCAGUAAUGAAUGAUGGGGUGCCUGCUCGUGGUGGAGGUGCUGCCUCAGCAUCCAGUCCCCAGUCGCCAAUUCGCUCAGAGAGCUCCUGCCCGCUCAGCACUUCCACCUGGGGACAGAGGAGCCAGAUCGGUCCUACCAAGGUAGAGUUCACACGUUUGGAAGGAUCUGUUAAGGGGCUGCUUUUUAAACACUAAAGUCACCUGUCCAGGCGCUGCUGCCCUUGGGAAACAGGUGGGCAGGUGAAGGAGCGGAGAGCGACCCCGCCUCCCCCUGCAGUCCCCUCACUGCGUCACCCACGCCCUCCUGGCGCUGGGAACUAAGUGCAGGUUUGGUAGUUCAGCUCAUGUCUGAAAAGGCACACACUAUAGAGCCCGGGUGGCCUUGGCUUGUCUUGCCUCCGCCCUCCUCUGCCAGCAGUUUCCUAUAGUCUGUGCACCUUCCAGAUCUUUCUCCCAGCACUUAAAGAUGCCCUUUAGAUCAGAUAAAGCGGAGUAAGGGAGGAUGGGCGGCGCCAACAACAGAUGCCAGCAGGGAGGACUGAGGGCAGGGUCUCAUCCCCCCAGCUGUGGCUGCCAGCUCACCUCCCCGAGGUGCCCACUCCUGUGUGGACACCCUGUGAAGCCUGCUUGGACCCCACCCAGGAGGACACUGGAGCUUCCUUGAGGGGCCUUAUGAUUUGGGGACUGGAGGCUCUUUUUGUACGUCCAGCUGAGCCUGGAGGCCACAGUCAAGGUACUAAACACCAGACACAGAGGCCUACAUCUCCAGGGAACAAGGAUGAGCCAGCAACCAAGAAAACGCCCCCAGGCAGCCCGGAGUUUCCUGGAACCUGGCUGGUCCUUGGAGGACUUCUCCCCUGGGGCCAACUGGACCAAAAUGGCCCAAAUACUUGAAGCUAAAUGCAAGUGCAGAUGAAGCUCAGGCUGGCACGCAGCUGGAGGGUGCCGGGCACUGCAAAGCCCUCAGCCAAGCACAUGGUGGAGGCUGAUCCCACUGGGAACCGUGUCAUGUGAAGGAGGAGACUGGGCCACAAGGGGGGGAGGGGCUACAGGCAGAUGGGGACUUGUUAGAAGAAUGGUGAGGUGAGGCCAGACCCUUCAGGGACAGAAAGGGCUCUGGCCUCUGGCCCUUUAUCACAAUUCUUUAAAGUUACAAACUGAAAUGACACCUUUGUAACCACCACCAGGUCAAGAAAUGGGAAGUUGCUAGAACCCCCUGUCCUUCUGUUUUGAUCAUGUUUUUUGGGAGAGUAGAAAGAAAACUUCAUUGGGGCUUUUGGGAAAAGACUUCGACGUCACCUUCUGGCAGCUCCCAUGGGGGCCAUUGGGGUGGCACUGAGAGGGGAAGGACAUGGGGGGCAGGUGUCUCCUGCACCUCCAGGCAGAGCGGUCCUAAGGCGGUGCUUGCUGCCAGCCCUUCAGCUUUAGAAACACCCGCGCACGUGCUUGCACAAGCUUGUUUUCCCAUUUCUAGUGCUUUUUCUGUUUUUCUUCUGAUUUUAGAACCAUGAGCCCAUGAUGGAUGUGGGACUCUUCUUAAUUGCUCUUUAAUUGUCACUUUUUUAAUCUUAUUAAAUGAAGUGUCGAUUCCUGACAAAUACAUUAAAAGUGUUUUAUUCCUAGAAGAGUUGGGAAAAUAAAUUAUUUUCAACAAGAGUGGGAUGUGUUUGUUAGAUGGAUUCCUUGGCAAAAAAAAACCAAAAAAAACUUGAAUUGUGCAAAAAUUGCUCAGUAGUUAGGCUCUUGCCCCAGUUGUCAAACUGCUGUGCAGACAGCUCCAGUUCAGUCAACUUCUUUUUAAUUUAGACAAAAUUGUAAUCACUUAUCCUCUCUAGAACCAAGGGGGAAAAAGGAAAGUGUAAUCUACAAUAAAAAGCAGAGCAUUCUGUGUGCUGAGGCCACUUGGCCAUAAAGAGACAGAGCAUUCCCCAUUGCGGACUUCAAUUAAGAGCCUCCCUUUGGACAGGGAAGAAAAGUGUCAAAGAGGAAAAGAAAAUUAAAUUUGCCUGCUUCCAGGAGUUUUUCCUCAUUAGCGUUUUGCUUUUCAGUGUUAUUUUAAUCCUGCCUUCUGUGCAGUGACCAGUUCCUCUGCAUUCUGCAGAGCCGGGCAGGGCGUCUCCGCAAGGGUGUGCUGCGGUGGGCACGGGCCAUGCUCCAUUUAUUUUUGCAGCUGCAGCCAUCUAUUCUGCAUGUUUAUCCUGACAACAGCUCCAGCAGGGGUUCAGUGCUCAUUAGUGGCCCUAGGAAUUUAAAAUGCAGUUCAUGGUUCUGUGCCACUGUGGGUUUUAUUAUUAUAACAUUAAAUUAGAAGUCAUCCUGGUGCCUGAUGUUUGCUCAGGAGUUUUUGGAGGAGAGGGAGGGAAGGAUGCAGACAGCACACAGCACAACUGCAACGCCCCAUCUCAACCUGGACCCACCCAGUCACACCGGUCCUGGCCAGUCCUUGAGGCCCUGGUUGUCUGCAGAGAGAGUGGUAAAGGUGGCGAAGGAUGUUGUUUGCAGGCUGGACCAGCUUCCGAUCAUGCCCUAGCCGCCCUUGUGAGAGGUGGGGCUGAUGGAGGAAAGAGGACAAGGUGGGUCCUCCUGGUAGACUUCCAUCAGGCUGAGGCGGCGGCGGCAGCGGCCAUGCGCUUGCUGCCUGGCUCUGGCUGCACAUCUGAGGAUGCCACUGCCCCCUCCUGCACAGUGCCCGCUGCACACACCAGCCCCACCCAUGUCCCUCCAGCCAGGACUUGCUGCUGGGCCAGUGCAGGGAUUGGGGCAGGUACACAGAAAAGUACGGAAACCCCCACCCGCCACACUUGUUUGAAUAGCACUAUUGUAUCUCUUUAAAUUACGGAUUUAAAAAAUCAUACGAGUAAUACUGCUCAUGGAAUACCAUUCUAACCUAGCAGAAUGGGCAAUGAUCCCUCCUCUGGCUCGGAAUCACUUCUGAGCUGGGCCCACAUAUCACGCACUCCUCUGGGACUCACCACUGGCUGCAGUGCUCCCUGUCCCCAGCUUGCCAUGGCUCCCGAAACCCUGCCCCUCCCAGGCCAGCCUGCUGCACCCAGCAAGCCCCAGCCAGAAUCCAGGCUGAAGGCCCUCUCACCCCAUUGGGCUAGUUCCCUUCUUCCUUUCUUUAAAGAACCGAAAUAUUCCCCCAGAGGCCUCAUGGCCUAAAGACUCAUAAUCACCCACCUGUAAUUUAUGAUAAAUGUCUUGGAGCAUUUACCAUUUGCAUCAUGAGUAUUUAUAGGCCUAUGCAG